GCUGCCAAGAGGCGAGUAAAGAAGCCAGCGUCGUACUUCCAUGAGGAUGACAUGCUCUCAGAAGAGCACAGGAGUCUGUUUUGUUAAGGGAAUCAAAGGAGGAUCAAAGGCGAUUCUACAAUGUCAGGGUUGCUGAUGUUACCAUCUACAUCACUUUCAAUUCCGCACUGCCCUCCCUUCUUAGCUUAUUCAUAAGGAGUCACUGUCGUCGUGUCGAUCGAUUGGCUGCAAUGAUAAUGAAUCACUUCCUCUGGCUGCUUCCACUGGUCUUUCCGCACCUGAGCUCUCCAGUCAUAUUGCUAGAGAGGGGUGAUGGGAAUCUCUUUCACUGGAACCAUCUGAUGAAAGGAGAUAAAUUGGUGCUGCACAGAUCCAAAAGGGACUGGAUGUGGAGGCAGUUCUUCCUGUCGGAGGAAUACACAGGAAGUAACUAUCAGUACGUCGGCAAGCUUCGCUCAGACAAAGACAGAGGGGAUGGAACUGCCAGAUACGUUCUCUCUGGGGAAGGAGCAGGCACAAUUUUUCGUAUUGAUGAGAAGUCUGGGGAUUUACAUGCUACACAGAGACUGGACAGAGAGGAAAAGACCUCUUACACACUGCAGGCCCAGGCUUUCAACAAGAUCACGGGCCUCCCUCUGGAGCCUGCCACUGAAUUCAUUGUCAAGAUACAUGACAUCAAUGACAAUGAGCCCAAAUUUACCAAGGCUGUCUACACUGCCAGUGUACCUGAAAUGUCAGACGUCGGAAUUGUCAGAAUAGCUCUUUCCAGUAUGGACCGAGAAGUACGGAAAGAGUAUCAGGUGGUUAUACAAGCCAAAGACAUGGCAGGACAGAUGGGUGGUCUGUCUGGAACCACUAUGGUCAACGUCACCCUUACAGAUGUUAAUGACAGCCCGCCACGUUUUGCUUACAGUUCUUACCACCUAAGCACUUAUGAGUCAGCAGAAAUCGGAUCAACUGUGGGUCGAAUCAAAGCCAACGAUGGUGACGAGGGAGAAAAUGCUGAAAUGAAAUACAGAAUUGUAGAUGGAGAUGGCAAAGAAUAUCUCGAUAUAAUAACAGAUGAGACAACCCAAGAGGGUGUUAUCGUUGUCAAAAAGAAACUGGACUAUGAAAGCAAGCGCAUUUACACAGUGAAAGUGGAGGUGACUAACACACACCAGGACCCCAACUUCACUGAUCUGGGCCCAUUCUUAGACACAGCCAUCGUCAAGGUCACGGCCAAAGAUGUAGAUGAGCCUCCUGUCUUCAGCAGGCCUCAGUAUGUCUUUGAGGUCAAUGAGGACACACCAAAAGGAAUAGCAAUUGGAACUAUUACAGCCUGGGACCCUGAUGCCACACAUUACCCAAUCCAAUAUGCAAUAGAUCAACACACAGACCCAGAGAGACUCUACCACAUCGACCCCAAGAAUGGAUCCAUCACAAUUCUUAAGUCUCUUGACAGGGAAGUGUCAAAGUGGCACAACAUCUCAGUCCUGGCCAGUGAAAUAAAUAACCCUCAUCAAAGAAGCCGUGUUCCUGUCUUGAUAAAGGUUUUGGAUGUGAAUGACAAUGCGCCAGAAUUUGCCAUGAUUUAUGAGACAUUUGUGUGUGAGAAUGUCAAAGCUGGGCAGCUCAUACAGACUAUCAGUGCCAUCGACACAGAUGAUCCUCUUGUGGGUCACAAAUUUGUAUUCAGCUUGAGUUCAAUGAAUCCAAACUUCACCAUCUUUGAUAAUGAAGAUAACACAGCCAGAAUCCUGACCAGAAGAAGUGGAUUUAACAGGCGUGAAAUGAGUGUCUACUAUCUGCCAGUAGUUAUCUCCGACAGCGACUACCCCAUCCAGAGCAGCACCAGCACGUUGACCAUUCGCGUGUGCAGUUGUGACGCCACCGGCAACAUGCGUUCCUGCAGUGUUGACGCGUUGCUGCUCUCUGCUGGCCUCAGCACUGGGGCGCUAGUGGCGAUACUUCUCUGUAUCCUCAUCCUGCUUAUGAUUGUGGUGCUGUUCUCGGCUCUAAAGAAGCAGAGGAGGAAGGAACCGCUGAUCAUCUCCAAAGAGGAUGUCAGGGAUAACGUAGUCAGCUACAACGAUGAGGGCGGCGGCGAGGAGGACACACAGGCCUUUGACAUCGGCACACUGCGCCACCCGGAGGUGAUCGAAAGCAACAAGCUGCGCCGAGACAUCAUCCCCGAGAUGCUGUUUCCCUAUCACAGACCUUCACCCAUGAAGGAGUGCGCUGAUGUCAGAGACUUCAUUAUUAGCAGACUGCAAGAAAACGACACAGACCCUUUCACGCCUCCCUAUGACUCUCUCGCCACUUACGCUUAUGAAGGCAAUGGAUCAAUUGCUGAGUCACUGAGCUCUCUGGAGUCCUCUGUGACUGAGGGAGACCAUGAAUAUGAUUACCUCUCUAACUGGGGCCCGCAGUUUAAAAAGCUUGCUGACAUGUACAUCGGGAAGGAUACGGGAGUUGCCAACUAGGCUGCGGUUCAAUGAAAUUCAUAUUGUCCGUAUGUACGCUCGGAUCUCACUCUGCGCUCUGAGGCAU